GAAUCACAUUUUCUCAUCAGUCGUGGUCUGUCUCUCGUUGCCGACGGAACUACGCUUGUGAAUCCUAAAACCAAAUAUCAAGAAUUUUGUGAAUUAUCUGACUUUUUAUGCUCCAGCCAUUGAUAAAACAAGUACCGAACAUGUCUAUGGAAUCUCAGUCAUUUGGGGGUUCUAAUUUCUUCUCUCUGCAGGGAAACAUUUUGUCUGAAACCCUGUUUUCUUCGACUCAAUCUGAUUUCAUGAAAGGUGCAAACUUGAUGCAAGAUGUGAUGCUGAAUGAAGAUUCUGAAUGUGGAGACCUUAUAGUAGCUGGUGAGGUAAGUGGAGUGGAUGAUUUGGACCAUGGGUAUGACACAAACUCUGAUUUGUCAUCGCCCAUGUCUGCCAAAAGUGACUGGGGAGAUGCAUCAACACCCUCAAGUACUGGCUCUAACCAUGAUGAAGGCCUGUUAGCUGACGAUACAAGCUCCCUAUUUUCUUCUUGUCUGGAUGAGGACACAUGUUACAGUUCAUGGGACCAGUCAUAUGAAAGUCAGGGCAAGAGCCCAGCCAUGAGCCCAGCCAUAAACCAACCAAUCCUGGACCUGUCCCCAAGAAGUCCCAUGGUAGGCCUGCAUUCCUCUGCUGCACCCAAUGACUUUACUGUCGCUCUUCACAAGCUCUUGCAGCCCAGCCAACAAGGAGUUGAGACCCCAUCAGAGGCAUCCAAGCCCAUUAGGAAACGUUCAGCAACGUCAUUAAGCUCUUGUGGACUCACCCCUAGGAAGAGGGCAAGGAAAUAUCCUAGUCUAAUCCAGACCCUGCCAGAUAAGCUCAAUGGAGGGGAGAUUCACAUUACUGUUCAGCCAGAGAAACACCAUAGAGCAAGGUACAGGACUGAAGGAAGCAGAGGAAGUGUCAAAGAUGACAGCGGUGAAAACUUUCCCAAACUCAAACUUCUUGGCAUCAACCAACAAGUUCUUCUUCAAGUCUUUGUUGUCACUGACCAAGGGAAAGUUCGUCCUCAUGGCUACUACCAGGCUUGCAAAGUGACUGGCCGUAACACAACCCCUUCUGAGGAGAAGGACGUGGAAGGAACAACGGUUCUGGAGGUUCCGUGGGAGCCUGUCGAUGGCAAGAUGGAAAUCAGUGUCGACUGCAUUGGCAUCCUGAAGCUGAGGAAUGCUGACGUUGAGCAGAGGAUAGGGCCACUCAGGUCAAAGAGAAAAAGCACCUGUGUCCGGUUAGCCUUCAGGGUUAUCGUGCCUGCUUCAGAUGGUUCCUUCAAUGUUGUGCAAACCGUCUCACGGUCAAUAACAUGCACACAACCGCUUGGGCAUCCUGAGAUUUUGAAGAAGAGUUUGAGUCAGUGCUCAGUGGCUGGCGGGGAAGAACUGUUCAUCAUUGGCAAGAACUUCACAUCAAAGGCCAACACAGAAGUCAAGCUUAGGCAGCUGGAUGGCAGUGGCAAAAUGACUUGGGAAGGGAAUUGUGAGAUCGACAAGGCCUUAUUUCAGAAUAACCACAUUGUGUGUAAGAUCCCUCCAUACCCAAACCAGAACUUGAGGACACCAGCGACAGUGUACCUGGUAGUAACGGGCAAACCAAACCAAUGUAGCGACUCGGACGCCCAUCCUAUUGUGUAUCAGCCAAAGAUUGAUCAUGUGGUCAUGCACACACCUACUGUUGCCAAUGGGGACAAGAUGCAAGUUGGUCUUGCAGUAGCCCCAUCGACAUAUGUCUUGCCACCAACACCAACAUCGCCGGUUGAAACGUUUAUGCAAGUCCCGAGCACCGUGUCGUCUGGUCCUGUCAAGGUAGAGCCACAACCUGUGAUACUUCAAGCACCACCCACACCCAGUCCUCAGGCAAACGAGGAAGAGUUCGCUCUUACCCUGCAGAUGCUGGCUACUGCCUACCUGCAGAACAAGGAUAUGUACAACAAUCUGUUACAGACGACACAUGUUGAAGACACGGUGUUCGACAGACAGUGGGCAGAAAUAGAAGAUAUGAUACAGUCAGCAGAAAUGAUCAAUGAACAGCCCCAGGUGUUCGAGAGACAAUCAGCAGAAAUGAUCAUUGAACAGCCAGAGGCAAGGUGUGACGUUGCUCUUAGUAACAUGGUCCAAGUUCAAGCUGAUGUGCCAGCAGUAGUCAAUCCAGGGAAUGGUGAAUCACAAUUCCUAAUGAACACAGAGGUCGAUCUUUCCAAAGUUGCAGAAUUAGCAGUCAUCUAUUCAAAUUCUGACCUUCCAUGCUUUACAGAUCCACACAUGAUUGAUGAUGUUCUUGACGUCAUGAGUAAUAACUAAGGUAAUGUAUCAUUGCAUACGUGGUGCCUAGACUAUGACUCCAGCCUGAAGAAUGUAGACAAAUCAUCCAGCUACGAAGUGAUCUGAAACAGAUUUGUAGGGAUCUAUACAACUGGGAAAAGGGGGCAGGAGUAGGGGCAUGCUGCGGGAAACAAUGUAGCUUUUGUAUAUUUUCUAUUCCUGAUGCUGCAUUAGGUUGUUGUUGUUUUUUUUUGGGGGGGGGGGGGUUGGGGGAUGUGAAAUCCAAAUUUGUUUAUAACAAAAAAUGGACAGGAAAGGAUAUGGAUGGUCCAUCAUGUACAUAGUGUAGAUACAGCUUGUAAUUUGCUGUAAAUUUGUUCAUAUGUAAUCUAUACAAAUAUAUUGUACAGCGAUAUUUAUUAUUUCUAUACAGAUUAUUCAUGGGCCAAAUGUGUUCAUUAUGAGGCUUUUGCCCUCAUUUGUUUUGUUUCAUAUUCAUGUGCUACUUGACAGAGGUCUAUUUUUUAUUUCUUGAGCAAACUCAUUUUACAACCAGAAUGAAAAACUUUGUCCAAGUUUAUAGAGGAGGAGGAAAGUCACCUUUAUAGCUUUGUAUUUAUGCUUUGUGUUCAAAAUAUACAGUACUGUUGUGCCUCCGGUGUGAGGUGUAUUUUUUGUAUGACUGUUUUGAAGGGUUGUAUUAACAUUGUUUGGAUAUUGGAAGGUGCCCUGUAAUUGCUAUAGAUGAACCACUUUUUCUUCAAAUUUAUUUCCUUUGGAUAUUAAUGAAAAAUGCAAAAAUUACCCCAUAAAAAAUUUGUGAAACAAACAUUUUCACGUUUAAGUAAGUACUAACUGUUAUGUAAUUUUACUUUGAAAUAUCAGAGAAGGGUUGCCAUGUUUUUUGGACAGUAUUUCAUCUUUCAAUCCAAACAAUGUUAGCAAGUUGCCUUCCAUGAUGCCUACAACUCUCACAAUUUUGUCUGAAGAUAUUACAAUACUUGCCACAUGUGGGAGCUGAAUUUAACUAAUGUCUAUCUGGGGAUUUAACACGAAAAAAAAAGACACAAAUUUUGAAUCAUCUUUUUAGUUAGCACUGAUGAAGGGAAGGGAUAAAUCUUACCUGGCAUGCUAUGCAAGAGGGGGGGGGGGGGGGGCAAUGGAGCUACCAAGUAUUCCUCUAAAAGAUGGAAGUUGCUUUUGCCAAACUGAUUAAAAAAAAACAUUUUGGGAGGGAAGGAUUUCAAAGGGUAAUUGAGUUGCUAUUGAGAAAUUGUUAAAAUGUACUAGUCCUUCCAUACCGUGUUUAGUUGAGACUAGGAGGGAUAAUGUAUUUUGAGGUGUCAAAACGGGAAUUCAUUAAUUUAUUCUGUUGGGACUUCAGUGUACGUGACAUUCAACCCAUAACAAUAUGCCAGCAUUAUUCAUACUACAUACUUGCAGUGCUUUAGGGAUCGCGUUUUCUAAUAUGAUAACCAUAUUGUAUUACUGUUUGCUACUAAAACAAAGAUACACAAGUUGUUGCAACUGUGUAAAGAAAAACAACAACAUAAAGAGUGUCUUAUGAAAAGCACUCCAUUGUAAACAAAGAGCUUGGAAAAAAAUAAAAGAAUAUAAAUACAA